AACCACAAUUUUAAAGUUCUUCUGAUUCAUUCACUUUACAAUAUACAAGUUAAGCACCAGUGAAGAUAUCGGAACAAAACUUUGCACAAAUAUUGCGUUUCUAGAGUGACAUCACCCAUCUUAAAAUCACCGAAAUCGGACUAUAACAUUUGAAGUCCCCAGAUACCGAACAUGAGCACCUCGAAGCCAGAGUCUAAAUUUUUAGUGAAAAUAUCGGUAAAUUUCGCGAUUGUAUCUAUGUGAUUGGCGUUGCAACCGUUUAGCCGGUUAUAGCCGAAUCGACGAUAGUGCGCCACCUCUCUCUCUCCUUCGCAGUUCGGCGCCAAUUGGAGAUCCCAAGUUUAACCAGGUCGCUCUCCACCUGUUCCCUCCAACGGAGUGGAGGCCUUCCUCUUCCUCGGCUUUCUCCGGCGGGUACUGCAUCGAACACUUUCAGUGCUGGAGUGUUUUCGUCCAUUCGGACAACAUGACCUAGCCAGCGUAGCCGCUGUCUUUUUAUUCGCUGAACUAUGUCAAUGUCGUCGUAUAACUCGUACAGCUCAUCGUUCCAUCGUCUGCGGUAUUCGCCGUUGCCAAUGUUCUGAGGACCAUAAAUCUUGCGCAAAAUUUUCCUCUCGAAAACUCCUAGUGUCGUCUCAUCUCAUGUUGACAUCGUCCAAGCUUCUGCACCGUAGAGCUGGACGGGAAUGAUAAGCGACUUGUAGAGCUUGAUUUUGGUUCGUCGAGAGAGGACUUUACUGUUCAAUUGCCUACUCAGUCCAAAGUAGCACCUGUUGGCAAGAGUUAUUCUGCGCUGGAUUUCGAGGCUGACAUUGUUCGUGUUGUUGAUGCUGGUUCGCGAUUAUUAAACAAAAAAUCAAAGGAGAUGUGUCUCUUCCAACAGUGUGUGUCUGUGCCAAAAAUGGAAAAUCAGGUCAAUAUCUAUUUUCGAUUGCCCCAUAUACCUAAUAUUCUGAUUAUCAAACUUCCGGUGGACUUCAUACCGCUUAAUAUGUGAGAUACCUUAGCAAAAUUAAGUGAAUGUAAAAACAUGGAUAUAAUGUAGCUUGGUGGUAGCCCCAUAUGCAACAUGAUUUUAAUUUUCUAGUGGACUUUAUUCCGAAUAUGUGGAUCAAAUUGUGUGCUAUCUUUAUAAAAUUAAAUAAAUAAAUUGCAAGAGUAUAUAAUGCUCGGUUACAUCCGAAUUUAGCUCAUUCUUACUUGUUUAUUAUACAGUAUUGUCCCUGCUUCACAGUCUGGCAGUCCAAGUAAAUCACUUCUAACAAAUUGCGUCUUAAAUUAUUACUAUUGUUUUACUAUAUAAUAUACAAUUUAAUUAGAAAACAUUUAUUUCUAAUCCGAAUGAUUUGAUGUUAACAAUUUCAUACCAUUUUGGCCGAGCUUCUGCAAUUUGUAGCGUGCCUCGUUGUGUGUUUUAAUAGCACGAAAAAAUCUUAAAUAACGUUUUUUCGAGUCUUAACAGUGCUCUAACGUUUCAGGUUUGACAGCUCUGAGGUGUUUUUAACGAACAAACUAAUGUAGUUUCUGUUUUAAUCGUCACCUGAACACAUGAACUAUUGUUUAGCUGUCACACACUCGUAGGUACCCGUUAAGCGACGGCUAUCGAAUUAAAAAUCACUUACCACAGGUCAAAAACGAAAAUUGAAGCUCAUUAUCUAAGUGUUUAAUUACACCAUGUUCAAAUGAUUACCUUCAUUUACCACACCAAUCGUCUGCAUAUCCCGUCUACAUUGUUUCGUAUUUAUACCUAAUGUCUUAGCUAAAUUAACUCAUUUUGUUAAGAACAUUCGUCACGCAAACCUAACUUUGGCAGUUCAAUGGAGGAUACACAAGAAACGAAGAAAAUUGUGAAAACUUAUUGUCGUCGCAAUUUAAAGAAAUUUCUUAAAGAAACCACUUUGCAUGGCUUGAAAUAUCUGGCUGACGAUAGCAUCACCAUCUGGGAGAAAUCCUUCUUUUUCUGCGCCUUUAUAGCGGCUAUCAUAACCACAGCCAAUCUAAUUGCGAAUGUCUAUGCUAAAUGGAUUAGUACACCAGUGAUUAUUGGCAUAAGUCCGCAUCCCACGUCCAUAUUGAAUACACCAUUUCCGGCUAUAACUGUUUGCAAUAUGAAUCAGGUGAUGUCGAGUCGUGUGGCGAAUUAUACAUCCGAUUCCAACGAGGGUGUCUUGUUAAAACUUCUAUGCAAUUUAGAUUCAAUUGAGGAUGAAAAAUUAAGAGAGACACCACACUUUAUGCAUAACAAUUUGACAUUUUCCAAAUUUAUAUUUGAUCACGCCCAACCCUGCUCUCGUAUGUUACUGUCUUGUUCGAUUGGUUCGUCUGUAAAGAACUGUUCCGAUCUAUUUCGUGAAAUUAUGACAGAUGAGGGCCUUUGUUGUGUUUUCAAUGUGUUACAUCCCGAUUUUCUAUUUAAGGGCAACACUAAGAAAAUAAUUAACGAUUACGAUCGUGCCGAUAAUAGUAUACCGAUCGAUUGGAAUCCGGAAAGUGGUUAUCCCAAAAUUUUACCAUCGAAUUACUAUCCGCGUGCAGCAUCUGGUACAGGUGUAUCAAUGGGUCUCUCGUUGAUAUUAGAUGCCGAAUUGGAUAAUUAUUAUUGUUCAACAACUAAUGGACCGGGUUUUAAGAUCGGCAUGCACAAUGCAAUAGAAGCGACUGCGAUCAGAGAAACCGCGCUCAUUUUGCCUGUCAGCUUCGAGACUCGUUUACGCAUCGAUGUCGUUAGUACCGAAGCCACAGCAACGGUACGUAAUCUGCGUCGCAACGAGCGUCAGUGUCUCUUCAAUGGUGAAGAGAAUUUACUCUAUUUCGCCCACUAUUCGCGUCGCAAUUGCGAGAGUGAAUGCCAAGUUAAAUAUCUCUAUGAACAAUGCAAAUGUGUGCCAUUCAAUUUGCCGAUGAUCUAUGAAAAUGCAAGCAUAUGUAGCGUGCAACAAACAUAUUGCAUCAAUUUAGCCGACGAUAGGUGGAUGAAGGGUGACGGUGCAAAUAGUUGUCGUCAACGUUGUUUACCCGCCUGUUUUGAUUUGAGCUACAAAGCGGAUGCCACAUCGACACCACUGCGUGCCUACAACUAUCUAACGCCGCCAAGUGUGCUAAAGAAUAUGUCAAUGGCGUAUAUUAACAAAAAUGUUGCGGUGGUACAUUUCUUCUAUCGCGAGUCCGUAUUCCAUGGUGAUCUGAAGAAUGUCUAUGUGGGCUUUACAGAGUUUCUGUCUAACACAGGCGGUAUUAUGGGCUUGUUUAUGGGGUUUAGUUUCAUAUCUGUUGCCGAAGUCAUUUAUUUUGCUUUCAUGCGUCCCAUAUUCGAGUUCAUUUUGCCGUUGAGAAGAAAAAGAAUGAUCCAACGCAGAGCCAACUCAAUGUUGGGUAUGAGACCGCAUUUCCAACCACGUCAUCGAUUUCUGAAAGUCAACUGAGCGUCAGUGAGGACUUGCGGGUUAAAAAAUAAAUAAAAUAUAAUAAAAUAUUAUAAUAAUAAUAAAAUUAAAUGCAAAAAAAUUUUAAAUUUAUUAAUUCGAAUGAAAAUUAAAAUUUUAAUUAAUUUUAUUUCUAUUAAAGUUUUGUAACCUAAAUUAUUCGGAAUUAAGACACGAUUCGACAUAGAUAUACAGAUUCGUUUCUCUAUAACUAUUUUUAUGUCAACUAAACUGGUUUUUUGAAAAGGGUUUAAUUUAGCGGUAUUUUACAAAAAUGUAACAAGUAAGGUAGGGCUAAGUUCGGGUGUAGCUGAACCUGUUCGAUACUUAUUUAUAUAUAUAUUCUCAAUUUUCAUUACUCAAAGUCAGACAAAUACUUUCAGGUGUGAGAAAGACUUUAUAAUAACCAAUCGGAAGGAAAUGACAAGAAUAGGUAAACAUAUGUACCGAUUUCAACCAUUUCUGGCAUCGAUCCGAAAGCUCGGAAUUCACUAUAUUGUGUAUAUUGGUGUUAGGGGAAGGUCUAAACCGAUUUCAUUUUUUUUUCAUAACAAAUAAACACAAAUAGGCUCGAAAGAAUAUCACAUUAACAGAAAAAAUAUAUAUCUCCGUAUAUUUUCAAAGACAUAUAAGAAAUUGACCGAUAUUUUCGGCAUAACAUCAGCCACGGGCAUUGGGGUCUUAGUUUAAAAUGUUGUCAUAUGGGAAUAUUAAAUUUAACUUCGUUUGACCCGUAACUUGAACUUGCGUGUCUACGUUUGACUGGUUUCGACUCCUUUGAUCUUUAGUUUAAAUUCUCUUGAAUUGAUCUUUUCUAAUUUGAACUUGUUAGACUUCUAGCUGGACAAUGUUUGACGUCGAACCUUCCUUGAGUUUGUUGACGGGCGUUUUUUGCUGCACAGAGGCGUGUGCGUAUCUUUGCUGCUACUAGAUAUUGGUCCGAGUCUAUAUUUGGUCCUCGGAGCGUACGCACGUCUAAAACACAGGAGACAUGUCUUCCGUCUAUCACAACGUGAUCGAUUUGGUUACGCGUGUUGCGAUCAGGAGACAGCCCAGUAGCUUGAUGUAUUUUCUUAUGCUGGAAUCUGGUACUACAAACGACCAUAUUUCAGGCCCCAGCGAAAUCGAUCAACCUCAGGCCAUUUGGCGAUGUUUCGUCAUGGAGGCUGAAUUUUCCGACUGUUGUGCCAAAUACACCUUCUUUACCCACCCUAGCGUAGAAAGCAUCUUUGGUCAUAUCGUCCUUCUCUUCCGUUGGGGCGUGGGCGCAAAUAAGUGAUAUGUUGAAGAACCUCGCUUUUAUGCGGAUUGUGGCUAGACGUUCAUGCACCGGGGUGAAUGCCAGGACUCGGCGACGGAGACUCUCUUCCACCACAAAUCCAACACCAAAUUUGCGCUCCUUUAUAUGGCCGCUGUAGUAGAUGUCACAAGGACCCACCUUCUUCCGUCCUUGUCCCGUCCAUCGCACUUCUUGGAUGGCGGUGAUAUCAGCCUUUAGUCGUAUGAGGACAUCAACCAGCUGGGCAGAGGCACCUUCUCAAUUAAGGGUCCGGACAUUCCAGGUGAAUGCCCUUAAAUCAUUAUCCUUAAAACGUUUGCAGUGGUCGUCAUCAAAAGGGGGAUGUCUCAUCCGAGGCUUUCUUCGAAUUUUCAUUGGUACUUCGUUUUUAUGCGGUGGGUCCCAAACCCUAUACACAACCGCAGAAGCGGGUUCGCCUUCUCACUUUAGCUCGCUUUCAAACGGAUGUUGGUUAGCUACCCAGAGGAUACUUGGUCUAAAACCGGAAGUCGUGAACUGCUUGAAUCAUGUGGAGAAGAAUCGUUUCUGGCCACUCCCAAAUGAAAGACAAUCAGAAACUUUCCUCGCUUACGUGAACUUCUACACAUGACCUCAUGAUCAUGAGGUCCUUGGGUAAAAAAGACUCAUGAGUUACUAAAGCGCCGUACAGCGCAAACGAGGGAAACUCAGGCAAGCAGUUGGUAUAGAUGUAACGUGUACAUUUAUAUUUUUGGGAAAGUAAUUUGAAAGCUAUAUGUAUGGUAUAUACAUACAGUCAGGUGAAAAAUAAUAGGGACACUUGCUUGAAAAUAGGUAAAAAAUAAAAUUAAAAAUAAAAUAAAAAAAAAUAUCAAAAAUGUAACAUGCAAUUGUUUGCUGGGAUGUAAGUGAAGUAAGUGAACCGUUAUCAAAGAAAAAAUCUUGAUCAUUUUGUGAAGUAAGAUCGUUUUUGAGUGUGCGAAAUAAUAGGGACAUGUGUCAUGUGUCCCUAUUAUUUUUCACAUGACUGUAUGCAAAUAUGUAUAUAUAUAUGUAUGUAUGUAAAUAGAAUUUCUGCACCUUUUGCUCGCAACUCAGCACACCAAAUCAAGUGUGCAAAAUAAUGUGGCUUAUAUUCUGUUAUUGACCCUUCGCAAAAAAAAGUGAAACAAAAGCACAAAACAAAAACAAAAACCAAAAAAUUGGAAAAAUAAAAUACACAAAAUAAAGCCAAAUAAAUUCCCAAAAAUAUAUUAUGCACACAUCAUUUGCAUUGCAAGUUGGUUAGUUAAGACGAUAUGUAAUUGCUUAAGCGCAAAGUAUUUCAAGCAUGAAAACAUAAAUCUGUGCCGAGAAAACCAAAGCAGACCAACAACUGAUUGAGUCCAACAACGCUGCGCGGUGGAUAUACAUACAUAAAUAACAAAUGGCUAGAUUUACGGUGUGCCGGUGUGGCUGCGUAGAGUCGGUGUGUUGAACCUUUAUCAGAAUUUAAUAAGAUACGCAAGAGUGGAGAUUUGGUUGCGCUUUUGGAUAAUUUAAGUGCCUCUACUCAGUGUGUUCAUGUGUACAUUUAUACAUAUAUACAUAUUUCCGUAUAAUGUUGAAUUUAUAGCUUAAUAUAUUUUUAUAAGUAGACAAUGUCUGAAUACUUAAAGAGUAAACCGUAAAUAUUGUUUUCAAAAUUUUGAAAGGUUGUUAUAAUAACUAAUCUCAAUUUUUAUUUUAUUUCUUUCGAGAAAAUAUUAUUAAAUUCGUCAGAGGUGAGAGGUAAUAUUGAAAAUGAUUGGUUAUUUUUAGUUUCCUAAACUAACUUUUUUAAUUUUUUCUUUUUUGAUUAUUUCGAUUUGUUCAUUUAUUUGUGUCACGUAUGUUAUGAGUUUCAUAAUUUAUUUUAAUGAUUUUUAUUUAUUUUUAUUUUGAAACAAUG